AUGUCGGAGCCGUACGAAGAGAGCGUGGUGGAGGGCGAGGCGUCGGAGAGCGAGUCCGCAGCAGCAGCAGCAGCAGCAGCAGCAGCAGAGUCGAGUUCCGACUCGGCGGAAUCCCCCGCCGCGGCGGAAGACCCCGCAGCAGCAGCAGCAGCAGCAGCAGCAGCAGAGGAGCUGGGGGCCCUCGGGGGGCCCCUCGGGGGGCCCCCCGGCGCGGGGCCCCAGGCCGUGACCCUGGGGGAGGCCCCCGAACUCGGAGAAGUCGCUGAAGUUGUGGUUUUAGGGACAAGUUUGAGUUCUAUAAAGCGGCAGUUCUUCAGCAGCAAAAGAGUGCAGCACUUCCUCGACUGCAAGGGCAUUGUUUACUUCCUCAUCGACUGCAACAGGGACACUUCCGCAGCCAUGAAUCUGAAGGACAUCGAGCUGUUUAAGGAAUGGAAGGCUCAGGGCAUUCUCCGCACAGUAGAAAACCCAAAUAGCGAAACGGGGGAGCCCGAAGUGGAGCUGCCCCAAGUGCUGGUCGACGGCGUCGUCUUGGGCGGAGAGCAUGAGCUGCAGGAGUUGGAGGAAGACGGGGACUUGGGUAAACCCUAA